GCCCCGUACCGCCCCCCCACUGCCCCUAUACCCCCAACCCCUCCUACCCUGGCCCUCCCACUGCCCACCCCCCACUUCUCUCGUCCACUCCCCACCCCCCAGCUCGCCGGGCUCUGACCCGGGCCGGAUGGAGGAAUCGCCGCGGGACCCGGCUGCUGGGCUGCGCGGCCGCAGCCUGCGACACCGGGCAGCACGGAGGGGGUGGCCUUCCUCGAUUACCCGUGCCCCCUCCCCAGCCUCCAGGCCCGGCUGGUCCAAUACAGCCUGACCCGCCACAGCAGCGUCAUGCAGGAGCGGUCACAGUAAUUUGCAGUAUCUGUCUCUGACGUGUCCGAUGCGCCGUUGCUGCAUUUGUCACUGUCACAGCCGCAUGCAUCAGAGCCCACCGCAUCUUCCCUACCGCGCCUGCUCUCCCAGCUUGGUAUCGCCCGCAGACUUGAUAUGUGCACCCUCUUUGCCAUUAUCGAUAUCACUGAUGAAGCUAUUGACCAGAUCCAAUCCACUCGGGCCUUGCUGAACCACCCCAGACCCCGCCGCUCACGCUCGGUGGGGGGGAGGCCUACGGCAGCCCGGCGAGGCCCCCAUGUGUUGGACAAGGCACUGCCGGUGCCUGAGGGACACCUCCAGCCGCGCUCCAGGAUCACUGGCAGCAGCAGGAACAAGUCGGGGAGCCUGACACCAGAGCUCCCAGGAGCCAGCGUGGGCCCUGGGCACAGCCAGGCAGGGGGUGGGGCGACCCUUGAGCCCAGAGGUGACUGGAAUCACCUGGACACAGCGCCACCCCCUGGCAGCUCCCUGAGCACCCGAGCCACAGGUGGGCAGCACUCAGCCCCCAUGCUCCCACCAACAGACGCUCUGCCGCAGGCCAGUGCAACUCCCGGAGGUGUCAAUGGGCCUGCGGCUCUGCCCCCCCCAACGCCCCAAGUGCAGGAGGGCCCUGGGCGCCUGGCAUGCUCGUGUCCCAACGCUGUGGCCCAGCGGGGAGCCGCGCCGGAGGGGCAGGCCCCACAGGCCUACGUACCCACGCCCCGCACGGAGGAAGCGGCCUGGGCCGCCAGCGCCCUGACCUUCCUGCUGGUGGUGCUGACCCUCGCCAUCCUGUACACCCGGCUUCACCGCAAGUGCCGCAAGAGCCAGAGCCUCUACUGGGCCCCGGGCGACGCGGGGCAGGAGCCCCUGGCCGCUCUGCUCAAGAGGCGGCUCCUGUCGGCCCCCAGCAGGCGCAAGAAGCGGCAGCGCCCCCAGCAGAGGCGGCUGCUGCUCCAGGGGGCGUCGAGCGAGAGCUCGGACUAGCGGGGAGCGCGUGGGCAAGACACACCUGGGGCGGGGGCGGCUCCCGCUUUGUGCUGAAUAAAGUGUUUGAAGAGAGGUGCUGCGUCUGGCUGCCCCUGGUGGGCGGAGGGCAGGAAGGGCUGGCUGGGGGCUCAGGGGCAAGC